UAGCAUAUACCACCCACUCCCAAAACAAACAUCUCGAAGGAGAGAACGAGGGAGAGCAAUGCUUGGGGCGGACGCCCUCGUGGUUGGGCUGGCCAAGUCGGCGGUGGAGGGGACGGUGAGCAGGGCCAGGGCGGCGAUCGAGGAGGAGAAGAAGCUGCAGAAGAGCGUGCGGUACGACCUGAAGAUCAUCUCGGACGAGUUCGAGAUGAUGAAGUCCUUCCUCAGCGUCACCAAGGGCCAUGUCACAGAUGAUAUGACGGGGACCUUGGUGAGGCAGGUCCGUGACAUGGCCUUAGACGUAGAGGAUUGGGUCGAGUUUGCUGUCCACGUUGACAUGAAUCCCAACUGGUGGCGCUGGACCAAGAACUGGUCGCGCCGCAUGCUGCGGUCCUGCGUGGAGUUCGUGCUGCUUGCGGAGCCUAGCACGAAUCUAGACAUUGCUGUUGCUGAUAUAGAGCUGCUCAAAGCUAGGGUUGAGGCCAUGGGUCAGCGGAACCUGCGCUACAGCCGCAUCGGCCACUCUGGCCCUCCGGCCGAGCAGCCUGCCGAGCUGCAUCAGCAGCCGGCAGCAGUGGGCAACGCCGCAGCAGCAUCGGACAUUCUCGCAACCGUGAGGGGGGCUGCGAGAAUUCAUAGCAAGCAGGUGGGACUCAGCAGGCAGGUGGGACUCGUCGAGUUGUUCAACAAGAAGAAGAAUGAUGGUGCCCUUCAAGUCGUUUCAGUGUUGGGAACAAGAGGCGACCUCGGGGUGAUGUCCAUCAAGAAUGCCUAUGACCAUCCAGAAACCAGCGACAACUUCAGAUGGCGCGCCUGGGCGAAGCUGAUGCAUCCCUUCAAUCCCCGUGAGUUCAUCCGGUGCUUGCUGGCUCAGUUCUACAAAAACUCUUGUCCGGUACAUCAACAGAGUGCCGACGUCAUGAAGACGAUGAAGGUGACGAUGGCGACAGACGACCUACUCAUCAAGGACUUCAAGAGGCAAAUAGAUCAGAAUUAUCUAGUUGUCCUUGAAGAUGUGUCGACCAUGGUUGACUGGGAGGCAGUCAGAGCGUACCUGCCUGACAAGAACAACGGCAGCUGCAUCGUCGUGCACACGCAGCAGCUUGGAAUUGCAACCGGGUGCCCAGGGCAUCCACACCGAGUAUUGGAGCUGGAAAAGUUAUCGGCUGACCAUUCUGUCUAUGUCUUCUUGAAGGAGGAUGCUACUGGAAAAGUUGAGGAAGAUUCCGUGGACAAGGUGAAAACGGCACGUGAAUGGCUAAAGAGACAUCCAUUUAUUGACCGUGACAUAUAUAUAAAGAAUUUAUCGUCUCGUCUCACCGAGUUGUCAAAUAUGAUUGGGCAUUGGCAAGUCUUAUCUGUGUGGGGGAUGCCUGGUGUUGGCAAGACGUCUCUCGUCAAAUACAUCUACUGCAAAAAACAGAUUCAGCUUGAAUCUAGUAAUGAAUUCAAGUUCGGUUGGGUGAAUGUAUCCUAUCGUUUUGAUUUGAUGGACUUCGCGCAUAACUUACUUUCGGAUUUGAAUCCUGGCUAUCUCCAAGACGGCAGGACAUCAAUGGUGAAUGACCCGAUUCAAGGGUGCCGUGAGUAUCUGCAUGAAUGUCGUGGCUUGAUUGUUAUCGACAGUUUGCGGUCCACAGAAGAAUGGAACUUGGUAAAAGAUGCCUUCGAUCAAACUUUCAAAGGCACUAUCAUUGCCAUUACCAACGACAAAAGUGUCGCCACACACUGCGCAAGGCACAUAGAACGCAAUGUGUUGGAGAUCAAAGGUCUAGAAGUUGACAACGCCAAACUCUUCAAUCAGGAUAACCUGGACAAGGCGAAAGCGGCACGUGAAUGGCAAAAGGAACAUCCACUUAUUGGCCGUGACAGAGGUUUUUUGGAUUCCUUUAAGCUCAUCAAUCGUUCAAGUGGCGCGGUCGCCUGUGUGUGGGGUAUGUGCGGUGUUGGCAAGUCGUUUUUUGUCAAACACCUCUACAGCAUAUGGCAGAUUGAUUACGAAUUAUUUAAUAGCUUCAAGUUCGGUUGGGUGAACGUAUCCCAUCCGCUCAAUUUAAUGGACUUUGCGCGGAGCUUGCUUUUGGAUUUGAAUCCUGGGUAUCCCCAAGACAGCACGGCAUCAACAGUCAAGGACCCGAUCCAAGGGUGCCGCGAGUAUCUGCAUAAACGUGAUGGCCUGAUUGUUAUCGACGGUCUGCAAUCCGUGGAAGAAUGGGACUUGGUAAAAGCUGCCUUCGAUGGAACUUUUAAAGGCUGCAUCAUUGUUAUUACCAAUGAAGAAAGUGUCGCCAAAUACUGUGCAACACACAGCGAAGAUGUGAGGAACGUCGAAGGUCUACAAGCUGACCACGCCAUUGAACUCCUCAACAAGGAACUUAAGAAGAAGAAGUGGGACAUAGUAACUGACGAGAAAAUGCAUACUACCUUGCACCAGUGUGGAGGACUUCCUAAGGUCAUACGUGCAGCAGCUGAUCUUGGAUGUCCGGAUAACCUUAUGUCUCGAUUGGCCAACAUCGAAGAUAUGAAAGAUCUGUUUGCCUGGUUGCUUUCCUACUUCAGUUCCAGCCCGGAUGUCAUCAAGCCUUGUAUCUUCUACCUGUCAGUCUUCCCUAUGAACCACACCAUCCGGCGGAGACGUCUGGUGAGGCGGUGGAUCGCAGAGGGAUACUCCAGAAACAAUAAAGAAACCACUAUGGAGGAGGACGGGGAGAUGUCCUUUCUUAAGCUCAUCAGUCUAAGCAUGGUCCUGGUGCCAAGGUUUAACCAAUCGAGCCUGCGCAUGCGGACGCCCUUGUGCCAAGCCAAUGGUUUCUUUCUUGAAUACAUAAACUCACAGUCACAGCGAAUGGAAGACAACCUUGUAUUUGCACUGAAGGGGCAUUGCAGAAAGAACUGGCAGCACAUAGGACGGCACCUUGCCAUAGAUGAGACAUGGGACAGAGACGAAAAUGUAUUUGGGAGCAUCGACUUUUCACGGCUACGGUCUUUGACGGUGUUUGGUAAGUGGAAAUCGUUCUUCAUCUCUGACAAGAUGAGGCUGCUCCGGGUUCUGGAUCUAGAGGAUGCAUCUUCAGAUGUAACAAAUGAUGAUGUCAAAAAGAUGGUGAAGGUACUUCACAACCUCAAGUUCCUCUCCCUGAGAAAGUGCGAGGGAAUCACUCGUCUUCCAGAAUCUUUGGGAGAUCUGAAGCAGCUCCAAACUCUCGACAUUAGGGGAACCUUUGUGGUAGAGCUACCAAAGAGUAUCAUCAAGAUAGAGAAGCUACAAUACAUUCGUGCUGGUUGUGGUACCAAACUACCAGCACAUGAUGAUGACUGCAGUAGGGUAUCACCAGCAUCUCCUUUGCCAUCACCACCACCAACAGCAGUAGCAUCGUCACCACCACCUGCAGAGCCAGAAGUGGUAGCAGUAGCAACACCAGAACCAGCAAUGUCAGAAGCAGCAGCACUAGCGCAGCCGCCAACAGAAGCUGCAGCUGCAGCGCCACCACCAGCAGCACUAGAACCAGCAGCAGCAGAGAGCACAUCAUUACUAGCAAGAUGCUCCUGUGCUACUCUGGUGCCAAACUUGCUGUCGAAGUUCCGCCGUGUUGACAAAUGUUGUCACCACACUGGCGUCAAGGUGCCUAGAGGGAUAGGGAAGCUUAGCAACCUGCACACACUGGGUGUAGUUAAUAUCAGCACCGCAGGCAGGAAGGCUAUCGUGGCGGAGCUUAGGAACCUUACCCAACUGCACAAGCUCGGGGUGUCCGGCAUCAACAAGGACAACUGCCAAACAUUUUUUUCAGCCAUCUCAGGUCUUGUCCAUCUGGAAUCCUUGUCACUGGAGGUGGAGAUCGAUGGGGACAAUGAAGUAGACUUCUUGAACGAAAUCCUACCACCGCCGGUGAGGAGCCUCAAGUUGUACGGACUCAGACACAAGUUACCACAAUGGAUCAAGAAGCUCCAGACGUCUCUCAUAAAAUUGAGUUUACAGAUGACUAUGCUACCAGAAGAGGGGACACAUCUCCUUCCAAUGAAUCUACAGUUUCUACGUCUUUUCUUGUCGGAGGUCCAGGUUCAUAAACUCCACUUCGGCGGAGCAGAACAUGCUUUCAUGGUGGACUUCCUCGAGAUUUCUUGCAGCUCCAGGUUGGAGACUAAAAUAGAGUUUGACAGGAUUUCAUGUUUCAUUAAGGUUCUGAGGAUUCGGGGCAGGCAUGUGCAGAUCUCUGGCCUACAGAAUGCACUUGGUCUGGAGCAAAUCUGGCUUAGCAGGCCUUAUGAUGACGCCCUCAAGCAAGAUUUGGAGAGUGAGAUUGCCAAGUACCCUGAAGGACGACGCAAGCCUGUUUUCAGGCUGGAGGAGCCAACCUCGCCGAUCCCAUGGCUGUGGACCAGCUCGUGAUGUUCAUACCCAUCGUAAUUUCCUCCAUCAUCCCA